AUGUCUAGUAAACUUUCAUUUGAAUGUCAUGCUUCACAAAAAGCAAUUGACCGAAUUCUUGCACAAACUGAUGAAGAACGUUCUCAAAUAAUUAUCGAUAUUUUUGAUAAAUAUUUUGGUGAUGGAAUUAAAUCUAAUCCAACAGCAUUUCGUGGUCGAUUCAGAAAAAUGGCUGCAUCAUCAUUCAAUUUUUAUCGUGGAUCAGCUCUUUUAUUUUAUCAAGAUUUAAAAAUCGAUAAUGAUCCAUGGAUUGCUGGUCAUGAAGCUGCUGGAAAUAUUUUUAUUCAUGGUGAUUUACAUGCUGAAAAUUUUGGAACAUAUUUAGAUAAUCAUGGUAUAUUAAAUUUUGAUGUGAAUGAUUUUGAUGAAGGAUAUUGUGGUCCAUUUACAUGGGAUAUUAAACGUUUAUUAGCAUCAUUAAAUUUAGUUGCACAUAGUAAAGGAUUUUCUGAUAAAGAAAUAGAACAAAUCUUACGUACAUGUGCUGAAUCAUAUUUAAAACAAGUUGAUGAAUUUUGUCAACAACCAAAUAAUAGUUUUUCAUUAACAUUAAAAAAUACAAGUGGAGCAAUUAAAAAAAUUUUAAAUGAAACUCGAAUUAAAUCUCAUGUUGCUAAUCUAGAAUCAAUGACGGUUAUUGAAGAUUAUGAUCGACGUUUUAUUCGAUCAAAAAUGAUCAAAGAUGUUGAUGAAAAUUUACGACAAGAUAUUAUAAAAGCUUUUACAAGUUAUUUGAAAACAAUUCCAGAAUAUAAGAAAAAAAGAGAUAAAAGUUCAGAAAAUUUUAAUUAUAAUAUUAAAGAUAUUGUUGCCCGUUCAUCACCUGGUAUUGGAUCAGCUGGUAAAGUUUCCUAUUCAAUUUUAGUUGAAGGUCCAACAGAAACACUUGAAAAUGAUAUUGUUCUUUAUAUGAAACCAGCACAACGAUCAGCUAUUAGUUAUGUUGUUAAAAAUCCUGAAUUAGAUAAAUUAUUUGAACAUGAUGGUUUAAGAACUGUUCUUUGUUCAUAUGCAAUGCAAGCAUCAACACCACAAUGGUUAGGUUACACAACUCUUGGUUCAAUUCCAUGUUUAGUUGAUGAAGUUACUGCACAUUCAGAAGAUUUAGAUUGGGAUGAUAUUAAUGAUAUCAAGGAUAUUCUUGAAGUUGUUACAUUUUUAGGACAAGCGACAGCUAAAAUACAUUGUGUAGCUGAUUCUGAUUGCGUUAAUACACCAGGUGAUAUUUCUUGUUUACCCUUUUCAAUUAUUCCUCAACAUACAGAAAAAACAAUUCGAGAAGCUAUUCAAGGUCGUGAUCAAGAAUUUAUUAAUGAUAUGGUUCAAUUUGGAAUGAUAUAUGGAAAAUUAGUCCGUCGAGAUCAUCAAUUAUUCUUCGAAGCUUUUCGUAACAAACAUAUUCCAGGACUUCAAUAG